GUCAAUGGCGUCACGGGUGACGUCACCGGCGCAUCGCAGCUCUCCUCCUGAAUCUGACGCUCUUCUGCUCGUUUUAUGACAUAGUAAGCCGUUGUUAAAGCAUGUCUACUCCAGCGAGACGGCGGCUCAUGAGAGACUUUAAGAGACUUCAGGAAGAUCCUCCGACCGGUGUGAGUGGCGCUCCGUCAGAAAACAACAUCAUGCUGUGGAACGCUGUGAUUUUUGGGCCCGUAGGAACUCCUUUUGAAGAUGGAACAUUUAAGCUGGUUAUUGAAUUUUCAGAAGAAUAUCCUAACAAGCCUCCUACGGUUCGCUUUAUCUCCAAAAUGUUUCAUCCAAAUGUUUACGCAGAUGGCAGUAUAUGUUUAGACAUUCUUCAGAAUCGCUGGAGUCCCACGUAUGAUGUUUCCUCCAUUCUGACAUCCAUCCAGUCUCUAUUAGACGAGCCCAAUCCAAACAGCCCAGCCAACAGUCAAGCGGCUCAGCUCUAUCAGGAGAACAAACGGGAAUAUGAGAAGAGAGUGUCUGCCAUCGUGGAGCAGAGCUGGGUCGAUUCAUAACGCCGCCGUCUGUGACGAGUGCCGAUUACAGACCACCACCGUUCAUAGGAUUAUUCACUUCUUUGCAAAUGCAUUUUACAAAAAUCGAUAAUAUUUGUGUGCUUAUUUAUUUUUUUUUAACUGCAUGAUAAGUUAUUGCUAACAAAAUUUGAACCAUACUGUUGUCGGAUCGACGCGGUUGACCUUUUAAAAAGGAAUGCAAUUUAUUGGCAAAGAUGUUGUCUGAGUGCAAUUCCUAAAUAUAUCCAUCUCAAAGUUCAAACCAUCAUUAAAUAUCUGAAAACUGAUCACAUGCCCGUUUUGCCUUUAAACGCACCUAAAGAUCGACUUUGGGAAUCUUUUUUUUUUGUAUCUGUAUUUGACGACGCAUCUUAACGCUCACGUGUUUAUGCUUCAGUUUGAAAAACGAGGGCUUGUUCUUAUAAACUGCGUCUGAUACGCGGCGAUGAGUUUUGGAAGAACACACCUGUAAUGCCUGGAUGACAGUGUUAUCAGGAUGUUUUAGUUUUUGUGAAUUUAUCAUAACAUUUAUACUUCUAAUAUGCUGUAUAAAAGAAAAAAUAAAACAUUUUUCAGACUUGGA